GGAUCUCACCGCUCGGGGCGUGGUCAGCUGAAUUCCCUUUGGGCCGCGGCUGAUUCCGGAGAAAACAGCAGGGGACUUUCGGCCCUGAAGUGGCGUUUGUUCCAUGUGAAGACGGACUUCCCGUUCUGCUCUGUUUCUUCUGAUCAUUUUCACCUGGACAACAGCACGAUGCGAGAGUUUCACCUGAACGAUACGUGCACAAAUGGGUCUGUGCUGACACUGUGGUGUGGAUCCCAGACAGCUGUGUGUUUGGUCACCACAGAUCAAACUCUGAUCCUCACACACCUGAACAACAGUCGACAACCAGGUAUGCAAACUUACAGUUCCUACAACAUGUGGCUGGGAUUAGCUGUUGCACUGCUUUCGUCCUUCCUGAUUGGUGGAAGUGUCAUCCUCAAGAAGAAAGCUCUCAUCCGAUUGGCCAGCAAUGGACACACUAGAGCAGGUGAUGGAGGAUAUGGCUACCUUAAAGACUGGCUGUGGUGGGGAGGCCUGUUGACCAUGGGAGCCGGAGAGGUGUGUAAUUUUGCUGCCUACAUGUUCGCUCCAGCCACACUGGUGACUCCCCUGGGAGCGCUCAGUGUCCUCAUCAGUGCGGUUCUCUCCUCCCACCUGUUGGGGGAGCAGUUGAAUGUGGUGGGAAAGUUUGGCUGUCUGCUGUGUGUACUUGGGAGCAUUCUGUUGGUCAUUCAUGCCCCACAAGAAAGAGAAGUGACAUCAAUACAGGAUAUGACCAAUAAGCUGCUGGAGCCAGGUUUCCUGGUCUAUGUUGUGGCAUUAUUGGUUCUGUGUGCGGUUCUGGUUUUGUAUUUCUGUCCACGUUCCGGUCGUUCCAACAUCCUGAUCUACAUCGGCAUCUGCUCGUUGCUGGGAGCCUUCACAAUAUCGUCGGUGAAGGGCCUCGCCAUAGCCAUCAACACCGUGGUUUAUGACACCUCUGUGCUCAGCCACCCUCUUACGUGGAUCCUGCUCCUCACCCUCAUUGUUUCAAUAGUAACACAGGUGAACUACCUUAACAAGUCUCUGGACACCUUCAACACCCUGCUGGUAUAUCCUAUCUACUACGUCCUCUUCACCUCUGUGGUCCUUUCCACCUCCAUCAUCCUCUUCCAGGAGUGGAGCAGCAUGUCUGCCGUGGAUGUGGUCACAACGCUGGGCUCGUUCCUGGUCAUCGUGGUGGGUGUGGCCUUGCUGCACCUGUUCAGGGAGCUGCAGAUUACAAUGAAGCAACUGACCAAUCAGCUUUCUCAGCCAGUGGAGAGGGAGGGACUUACAGAAGAGGUCACAACCAAUGGAAGAGGAGGAAGGAAUAAAAAGGAGGAUAAAUAUGGACUGAUGGACAAUGUAAUGAUAGAAAGUCUGCCUCCUAUGAGAGAGGAAGGACCCAGAGUCUUCAUAAUCAGCUGAAAAAGAGAAUUCCAGAGGUUUCUGCACUGUUACUUGAUAUUUCCUGCACUUUUUCAAACUUUUGCCGCCAUCUUAGUUUAUGCUAUAGGUCCCUCCAAUCUCGCAUGACGGUAUUUAACGGUACAGUACUAGUCGACCUUUUUAAUUUGUAAAUAUUUAAGAAAUCUUGCCUGUAAAUACCAAUUUAGUAGAAGGUUCAAAUUAUUUAUUGGAAAUAAGUACUUUAGAGCCCACACAAAAUAUGCCGUCAAAGAAA